GACGGAGGAGGGGCUUCUGCUGACCAUCCGCGACAGUUCAACUGGCCGCAACAUGGAGGCUGACAACACCGCCAACAACAUCCUGGCCUCUGUCAAAGAACAGAACUGUACGCAGAUUGGACUUCCUUCACUCAUCUUGUGGAAAAUUGAAAUGUAAUAAGCUUGACUACGGGCUAUUGGUUGUUUAUUGCCUGCAGUCAUGGCCUGGCAUGCAUGAAUGGACAACCAGGAAGAUCAUCUCUAGCAGCACGCCUGUGGAGGGACAUGCCCUCUGACUCACUCCAUCCAUGCCUGUCUCUCUGUGAUUCAUCCACACUCCCUUCUGUCACAUACACACUCUCCUUUCCUCUUUGGCUUUGCUCCAGCUCUCUAUAUUCUUGGGAAUCCGGCACAAGGCAAACCAGGCUAAAGAGUUUUUGCUCAUUAUUAAUGAUGUUAAUUUUCCUCUAUGACAUCCGACAUACCUUUCUAUUUCCCGAGUGACACUUUAGUUGAGCUGAAAUUAAAUGCGUUCUCUGGUAUUUAUUAGUGACUGACUCAGAGAAGUGUCAUUUAGGCUUACUGCAGGAAAAUGGGUAUUGUUUACAGGAGUAAGGAAGGAAGGAAGGAAAGAAGGAGGGAGCACCUGUCGAUGUCACUUCCUUCCCUAGAGUAUUCCUCAGUGGCUCGUCCGGUUAGAGCAGAUCUCAUGCAGGCGAGCAGGAAGAGCGAGUAGCUUCCCUGAGCCGUUGCUUUUCAGAGCGACUGGCUCAGAGGGGAUUCCUGCUUAAGAGUAGAGACUGCAAAAUGAUCAUUCUACUCAGUAUUUAGCAGAGUUGGCGAGGCAAAGCAGAGGGUGAGUGAUAAUGUAAAGAUGGAGGAGGUCAGACUGGGCUAGUGUGAGGGUUUUUUCUUCUCUCUGUGCUUUUGCGCGAGGCUUUCCUGUGAUUGUUGAGAGGCAGACCUUCGAGGGAUCUUGCUGUCGCUGUAAACAUGCAAGUCUGCUGUGCUGUAGCUGUGGUCGUGGUUAGGGCUGGGGCUUAGGAUGACUGAGUGUUUGGAGCUCCAGUUCGAGCGGCUAACCAGGGAGCUGGAAGUGGAGAGGCAGAUUGUGGCCAGUCAGCUGGAAAGAUGCAGACUCGGGGCCGAGUCGCCAGGCGCUGGUAGCAGCAGCUCAUCUGAGAAGUCCCUGCCUUGGAGGACUGCAGAUGCCUCUGCCUCAGGGGAAGCCAAAUCUCGGGUGACUGACAGCUCCCAGUCGCCCAGCUACCGCAUCAAGACUGAGUCAGAGCAGGUGUCUCUGUACUCCCCGGAGCAGUCCUCCCUCCAUGAAAGUGAGGGGUCCACGGGGAAUUCACGUAGCUCCACUCAGAUGAACUCGUACUCGGACAGCGGCUACCAGGAUGCCAGCAGCGGCUACCACAGCAGCCAGAAUCUGGGCAAGGCUGAGUUGAGGAUGCAGCACUCCUUCCCCGGCGCUGGCACUGGUACCCUAGUGAGGAAUGCCAGGGCCGAGGGCCAGGCUUCUGCCCAGGUUCCAGCAGUGACAACAGCAGUGCCUGGCCGUGCUAUGCGGAGGGUCAGCUCAGUGCCUUCUCGCUCUCACUCGCCAGCCUACACUAGCAGUAUGUCCCCCUCCCGCGGUUCCCUGCGUACCUCAGUUGGCAGUGCCUACGGCUCCCCCAUCGUAACCGAACCCAAACCCCUCUCCAGCAUCUUCUCCACAACCUUGCCCUCUGCCCAGCGCAGCAGUAGCACCGGCGGGGGUGGCAGCGGCUCGCCCUACACCACACAGAAAAACUCCCCUGCUGCACUGCGGCGCAUGGGCUCCACGAACUCGCGAUCGGGCAGCGCCAGCCGCACAACCUCACCCUAUCAGGCCUCUGCGAGUUCAACUUCAGGCCGUGUGGGCUCGCCUCUGACGAUGGUGGAUGGGGUCAACCCCCCACUGACCAAGCAGCCUGGUCACUCGUCGUCUCCGGUCAGGGCCACAAUGACCGCUGUGCCCCAGCACUACAGCUCCACUCUGCCUCGCUCCAUGCUCCACAACACCGACCCCUAUGGACCCCAGAGUUACGACAUUUACGAGAGGAUGACGCGACCUGACAGCCUCACAGGAGUACGGAGCUCAUAUGCCAGUCAGCACAGCCAGCUGGGCCAGGACUUAAGGUCAGCCAUAUCGCCAGACCGCCACAUCGCACCAAUCUACGAGGAUCGGACGUUCCAGGGCCCAUUGUACCGCAGCCCAAGCCACACCCAGGGGGGCACCCUCUACAGGAGCACCUCAGGUGUAGGGAGUCUCCAGCGGACACCCAGCCAGCGCAGUACCAUGAUCUACCAAAGAAACAACUAUGCUCUCAACAACACAGCCACCUAUGCCGACCCGUACCGCUCAGCACAGUACCGGCCCUCCGAUCCCAACUACGCUCGGCAGGCGGUUGUCGUGGACGAUGGUGCCACUCGCUCACCCUCGAUAGACAGCAUUCAGAAGGAUCCAAGGGAGUUUGCGUGGCGUGACCCAGAGCUGACAGAGGUGAUUCACAUGCUGCAGCACCACUUUCCUUCCGUGCAGGCCAACGCAGCUGCAUACCUGCAGCACCUGUGCUAUGGCGAUAAUCGGAUUAAGACAGAGGUGUGUCGACUGGGAGGAAUUAAACACCUGGUGGACCUUCUAGACCACAAGGUCCUUGAGGUCCAGAGGAAUUCUUGUGGAGCCGUAAGGAACCUCGUUUAUGGCAAAUCAAUGGAUGAAAACAAGAUCGCUGUGCGGAAUGCAGGAGGAAUCCCAGCUCUGCUCCGCCUGCUGAGAAAGACUGUAGAUGCAGAAGUGCGGGAGCUUGUCACAGGAGUGCUGUGGAACCUGUCGUCGUGCGACGCUGUCAAGAUGACAAUCAUUCGGGACGCCUUAACGACUCUGACCAACACUGUGAUCAUCCCCCACUCCGGAUGGAGCAGCUCCACCUUCGACGAUGACCACAAGCUGAAGUUCCACUCCUCCCUGGUGUUGAGGAACACCACAGGCUGUCUGAGGAACCUGAGCUCAGCUGGAGAGGAGGCCAGAAAACAGAUGCGCAGUUGUGAGGGCCUCGUUGACUCACUACUGUAUGUCAUCAAAGCCUGUGUAAACACCUCUGACUUCGACAGCAAGAUUGUGGAGAACUGUAUUUGCACUCUAAGGAACCUGUCCUAUCGUCUGGAGCUGGAGCUGCCGCCGUCACGACUGAUAGGAGGGCAGGAGCUGGACGGCUUACUGGGCAAUGAGUCGCCCAGUAAAGAGGUGGAUUCCAGCUGCUGGGGCAGGAAGAAGAAGAAGAAAAAAAAGAGCUUGCAGGAAGAGACGUGGGACGGUGUGGGACCCAUCCCCGGCUUCUCAAAGUCUCCCAAGGGGGCAGAGAUGCUGUGGCACCCUGCGGUGGUGAAGCCUUACUUGACACUGCUGGCUGAGAGUUCAAAUCCCGCCACUCUGGAGGGCGCUGCUGGGUCUCUUCAGAACCUGUCAGCUGGCAACUGGAAGUUUGCAGCCUACAUUCGUGCAGCGGUGCGUAAGGAGAAGGGGCUGCCCAUCCUGGUGGAGCUGCUGCGGAUGGAUAACGACAGGGUGGUGUGUUCGGUCGCCACUGCUCUGAGAAACAUGGCGCUGGACGUGAGGAACAAGGAGCUCAUAGGGAAGUAUGCGAUGAGGGACCUGGUCAACCGUCUCCCCGGGGGGAACACCACCCUGCUGUCGGACGAGACCGUGGCUGCCAUCUGUUGCACCCUGCACGAGGUCACCAGCAAAAACAUGGAGAACGCCAAGGCCCUGGCCGACACGGGCGGCAUCGAGAAGCUGGUCAACAUCACCAAGGGCAGAGGAGACAGGUACUCUAUGAAGGUGGUUAAAGCAACUGCUCAGGUGCUGAACACACUGUGGCAGUACCGAGAUCUGCGUACUAUCUAUAAGAAAGAUGGAUGGAACCAAAACCAUUUCCUCACUCCAGUGUCAACACUUGAAAGGGACCGGUUCAAGUCCCAGCCCACCCUGCCCACCAGCACUAUUCAGAUGUCCCCGGUCAACCACCCUGCUGCCAGUGCCACGUCGUCUCCUGCCAUGCUGGGCAUCAAAGAGCAUAGAGACACUAUCAGAGAUUAUCAGAGAGCACAGUCAACUAUGCAAUUUUAUAAUUACCAAGGGGACAACACCAUCCAUAAAAAGCAGUAUACAGGGUCUGGACAGCCUUCUCCAUAUUACUAUUCUUCACCCACAAGAGAGGAGCCCAGAAGAACGCAGCCGAUGUAUUACACAGAGGAUCCGAGCCGGAGGAACUACGACACGUACAGAAUGUACUUGAAGCAUCCCCACGGCUACGAUGACUCUUACUUGGAGGAGGUCAUCACCUACCCGCCCACGGUCGACUACAGCUCCCAGCCUCAUGGACUGAAAUCCACCACCAACUACGUGGACUUUUACGCUAGCACACGGAGGCCUUCGUACAGGGCAGAGCAGUACCCCGGCUCUCCUGACUCCUGGGUAUAGGUGUGGAGAUUCAGCCCGCAGCAGAAGGGGAGCUGACAAACUUUUUUUUUCAUGAACUUUGGCUUUAUAAGUGUGUUUGUUGUAAAGUGAAUGUGAGUGUACGGACGGGGAGUUCAAACCGAGUGAUGGCAGAUGGAAAGAUGGAAUGUGUGCCAAAGAAGGAAAUCAAGGAAUGUUUUUAUUUUUGGUUUUUAAGUUAUUUUUUUUUUUAUUUUAGUAGAAGAUGAUGGAAUCACGCCGGGGGGGGGGGGUGUCUGACGAUAUGUGACACUAGCGUGAGGAGACGUGCGUCCCGCUCUGUCUAGAUAGUUAGUUUUAUUUUCUUUAUGAAACUAUUAGCUGUGAUAGCAUGAUGAAAGGUGUGAGUCAUGUGCGCGAAGGUCCGCGGUAAGAGUCAAGACGGGGGAAUGUGUAUGUGCCGAAGCCAAAAUGGAUCAUGAACUCAUAUCUGUGUAAAACAACAAAGAAAAAAAGAAGAAGAAAAAAAAAAGAUAGUAAACUAAUGUUAGAUUGUACAGAGGGAUCAAAAUGUACCUGUACUUAAUGUUGAAGCUGUGUAAUGCCAUGGAGUCUUGUACAUUUCUUUCAUUUUAUUGUAAAUACAGAAAAAGAACAUGUUACCUGGUUUACACUCAUCAGCACUGGUUUAAAAAAAUAAAAAAAUAAAACUUGUGCCAUGUUAAAAUCUCUAGAUAUAUAAAUAUAUGAAGAAAUAUGUGGACAAAGAUGGCAUCAUAAUACAACCAUGCUAAAAUAAUAAAAAGGUCAGUUUUGUUUUUUAAA